UAGCUGGGUGUAUUUUAAACCUCCAGUGUGUAGCUGCACGGCGCGCGAAUGCUAAUGAUAGCUAGCCUGUAGGCUAACAAACCAGGCUUUUCUGAGUAACAAUGCUUUUAUCUAACGUUGAUGGUCAUGUUUAGAUUAUUAUUUUUAAACAGUAUUUAGUAUAACAUGGGUUAGUUAUCUUGGCUGCUUCAGUUCGCAUUUAGGCACUUGGGUAACGUUUUAUAACCCAUUUUGUCAUCUUGGACAUUUCUUUGCACAGUUCUGGACAUUAGACAUUAGCCAGGACAUUAAAGUUUGUGUGGAUGUGAGGCGUUCGACUGUUAUUGUUCUCUUCUGAAGAAAACCAUGUCAAGAUGGUCCUACGUCGCUUACUGAGAAAGCGAUGGGUGCUGGGAGUCGUCUUUGGACUGUCUCUGAUCUAUUUCCUAACCAGUACACUCAAACAGGAGGAGCGCACCAUUCGUGAUCGGACACUUUUGGAGUUGCGAGAUUCAGACCACCGAAUCCCCUGGAAAGUACGUUUUAACCUGGGAAACAGCAGUCGACAGAUCACGCAGUGUAGAAACUCCAUCCAGGGCAAGACACUGCUCACUGAUGAACUCGGUUAUGUAUGCGAGAGGAAAGAUUUGCUGGUGAAUGGCUGUUGUAAUGUCAACUUUCCAAGCACCAGACAAUACAUUUGUAAAACCUGCCUGGCAAAUGGUUGCUGUAGCAUCUAUGAGUAUUGUGUUUCUUGCUGCCUUCAGCCUGACAAGCAACCUCUCCUUGAGCGGUUUUUGAAUCGUGCAGCUGAAGGCUUUCAGAAUCUCUUCACUGCUGUGGAGGACCAUUUUGAGCUGUGCCUAGCCAAAUGUAGGACCUCUUCACAAAGCGUUCAACAUGAAAACACCUACCGAAACCCUCAAGCAAAGUACUGUUACGGUGAGAGUCCUCCGGAGCUCCUCCCUGUGUGAAGUUUUGAUUUUCCAGGACAGGAAAAGCAGUGGGCUAAUAAAAUGCUGCUGUUGGACUCUGAAGGGUGCCUGAAAGAAAUACUUUAUAUCUCUACAUAUGUUGUCUUGGACAGUUUUCCAUUACUGUAGCAAAACUAUGGAAAUAUGAAAGACAGCAGCCUAUCCUCAGAAGGGACAAAUACUCUGCUUGACACUAUUAUUUACACUUCAUAAGUGAAUAGUAAGCUCCAUACCUUCAUCCAUGAUGAUCGUCAGGUUCAUGCAGGCGGCAGCUCAUUCAUCAGGUCUAACUACAUAAUA